AUGAAUUUAACACAAGUACUUUGCAUGAAUGGAAGUCUGGAAGAAACAAGCUAUGCAAACAACUCCUUAAUUCAGAGAGAGGCAAUUUCGUUGAGUACAUCUUCGAGAGUCAAAGCUAUAACCAACUUAUAUUGCAGUUUGUGCCCUAGAAGCUUCGCAAUUGCAGAUUUGGGUUGCUCUUCAGGACCAAACACUUUAUUGGUGAUCUCUGACGUUAUCAAAGUUGUGGAAAAGCUUUGUCAACAAUUGAAUCAUGAAUCUCCAGAAUAUAAGGUUUUUUUGAACGAUCUACCGGAAAAUGACUUCAACAACAUAUUCAAAUCUCUUGACACCUUCACACAAAAAUUACGUAAUGAAAUGGAAAUUGAAAUGGGUUCUUGUUACUUCUUUGGUGUUCCCGGUUCUUUUUAUGGACGAAUUUUUCCUAACAAGAGUUUGCAUUUUGUCCACUCUUCAUAUAGUCUUCAUUGGCUAUCUAAGGUUCCUAAAGGUGUUGAUAACAAUAGCGGCAACAUUUAUGUGACGAGCACAAGCCCAUCAAAUGUUCUCAAGGCUUACCACGAGCAAUUCCAUAUAGAUUUUUCUCAUUUUCUAAAGUGUCGUGCCGAAGAAAUAGUUGAAGGGGGUUGCAUGAUUCUAACAUUUUUAGGAAGAGAAAGCGACGAUUUACUAAGCAAGGGUGUUUGUUACGGUUGGGAACUUUUGACUACAGCUCUUAAUGAUAUGGUCAUGCAGGGAAUCAUUGAAGAAGAGAAACUCAAUACUUUUAACAUCCCAAAUUAUUAUCCAUCUCCAUCAGAAGUGAAAUUGGAAGUUGAAACUGAAGGAUCAUUUUCCAUUAAUCAAUUGGAAGUUUCUGAAGUAAAUGUGUCUGCUCUUGAUUCUGAUUUGUGUGAAUCAGUCGCAAAAGGCACAAGAGCUGUAAUUGAACCUUUGUUAAUUAAUCAUUUUGGUGAAGGUGUUACUAGAGAGGCUUUUGACCGCUAUAGAAAAAUAUUAGCAUGUGGAAUGUCCAAAGAAAGAAUUAAGAUGACCAAUCUUACUGUGACAUUGAAUAGAAAAUCAUGA